AUGUGGAAUAAAUUGAGGAACUGUCAUAGAGAUGCUCUACGGAGGCAAAAAAAAAUGUUUAAAAGUGGAGCUGCAGCCGAGACAGUAAGACAGUGGAAAUUCCAGAAACAAAUGGAGUUUUUGUUGCCAUACAUGGAAAACCGAAAACGUAGUGCCAAUAUAGUUGACAGUGAUGAUGACCGAUCUGACAAUGCAGACACUGAGGAUAGUCAAAUUAUAGAGACACUGCAGACACCAAUCUUGGAGAAUAAUUUUGUACUGGGAGGAGAUAAUGAAGUGCACAGCAACAAGGAACUAGAUGAUUCUGUUGAAAAAUUAAUAGAUACUCCUUCGUCAUCUGGAAUGCAAUUUACUUUUAAAGAACCACCAAAAAAAUUGAAAAAAAAUGAUAUAGGCAACCUAAUUCAACAGUCCAUAGCGAACCGUGAAAAACGAGCCAAAGAAAGAUCAAUUGAACGUCAAAAAUUGGUAGAAAUCAAAACUCCAAAUGAUCCGCUCUACCAUUUCUUUAUGUCCAUGUACCAAACGACUUAUAAAAUGCCACCGGCAUCUCAACUUAUUAUAAAAAAUAAAUUAUUUGAAGUUGUUUCGCAAGUAGAGUAUGAUCUUUUGAAUUUCCAACAAAACAAUGCUUUUCCAGAACCUCAGUCACAACAGAUACAACAAAAUAUCUACAGUCAACCUCAGUCUUCUUCUACGUGGUCAUACGGAGAAUAUUCAUCUACUUCUCGCGAAAGUUCAGUUUCUGAAAAUGUUGAGAACCAAGAUGGGCAAGAUGGUAUUGUUCAUUAUAUCAAUACUUAUAAAGAAUAA